GACCCAAGUGAUUCCCCCAAGCAGCAGUGAGGCGAAAGAGAAAGGACUGCCUAGGAACGCCCACAGCACACGGUUUCCUUCAACCCGGAAGUGAUCCUCCCCUUCUCCCCACCCCACUUCCACGGUUGAGAGGGAGGAGACCCAGAGCUAGGUCUGCCCGGCAUGCCCCGGGCUUCCGGUGACCUCUGGCCCUUUUCUGCCGUCCGCUCUCGCUGCCUAGCGUGCUCUCUUGCAUAUUGCCUUCCUUUACUCGGUCGGGUCUUCCUUUUCACACUACCUGGUGACUGUGGCGCCCGUGACUGUCAGGGAGGCGGUGGCAGAGGACACUCGACAUGGCCGCCUCUAAGCCGGUGGAAGCAGCAGUGGUCGCAGCUGCUGCGCCCGGCUCCGGGAGUGGAGUGGGCGGUGGCGGCGGGACUUCGGGCCCGGGCACUGGGGGUCUGCCACGAUGGCAGCUGGCGCUGGCUGUAGGAGCACCCCUGCUGCUGGGCGCUGGUGCUGUGUACCUGUGGACCCGGCAGCGGCGGCGCCGGGAGGCCGGAGGCCGAGGCGACGCCGGCGGCCUGAAGCGCAAUAGCGAACGAAAGACCCCGGAGGGCAGGGCCAGUCCCGCCCUGGGAAGUGGACAUCCCGACGGUUCCGGUGCCCACCUGGAAAUGAACUCUCUUGAUAGAGCCCAAGCAGCCAAGAACAAAGGCAAUAAAUAUUUUAAAGCAGGAAAAUAUGAACAAGCUAUUCAGUGUUAUACUGAGGCUAUUAGUUUAUGUCCCACAGAGAAGAAUGUCGACCUUUCCACGUUUUAUCAAAACAGAGCUGCUGCCUAUGAACAGUUGCAAAAAUGGAAAGAGGUGGCAGAAGAUUGUACAAAGGCUGUUGAACUUAAUCCCAAAUAUGUGAAAGCUCUCUUCAGACGUGCAAAAGCCCAUGAAAAGUUAGAUAAUAAGAAGGAAUGUUUAGAAGAUGUCACUGCUGUGUGUAUAUUAGAAGGGUUCCAAAAUCAACAAAGCAUGCUCUUAGCUGAUAAAGUUCUUAAACUUCUUGGAAAAGAGAAAGCCAAAGAAAAAUAUAAGAAUCGUGAACCUCUGAUGCCAUCUCCACAGUUUAUCAAAUCUUACUUCAGUUCUUUCACGGACGAUAUCAUUUCUCAGCCCAUGCUAAAAGGAGAGAAGUCUGAUGAAGAUAAGGACAAGGAAGGAGAAGCUUUAGAAGUAAAAGAAAAUUCUGGAUAUUUAAAAGCCAAACAGUACAUGGAAGAAGAAAACUAUGAUAAAAUCAUAAGUGAGUGCUCAAAAGAAAUAGAAGCUCAAGGCAAAUACAUGGCAGAAGCAUUAUUACUACGAGCUACAUUCUACCUGCUUAUUGGCAAUGCCAACGCAGCCAAACCUGAUUUAGAUAAGGUCAUCAGUUUAAAAGAAGCUAAUGUGAAGCUUCGAGCAAAUGCCCUCAUCAAAAGAGGGAGCAUGUACAUGCAACAGCAGCAGCCUGUACUGUCUACUCAGGAUUUUAACAUGGCUGCUGACAUUGAUCCUCAGAAUGCAGAUGUUUAUCACCACCGAGGACAGCUGAAAAUACUGCUUGAUCAAGUUGAAGAAGCAGUGGCAGAUUUUGAUGAAUGUAUUAGAUUAAGACCUGAGUCUGCUCUGGCACAAGCUCAAAAAUGUUUUGCAUUGUAUCGCCAGGCAUAUACAGGAAACAAUUCUUCACAAAUCCAGGCAGCUAUGAAAGGUUUUGAAGAGGUCAUAAAGAAAUUCCCAAGGUGUGCUGAAGGCUAUGCACUGUAUGCCCAGGCAUUAACAGAUCAACAACAAUUUGGUAAAGCUGAUGAAAUGUAUGAUAAAUGUAUUGAUUUGGAACCAGAUAAUGCCACAACAUAUGUUCAUAAAGGUUUACUUCAACUUCAGUGGAAACAAGAUUUGGAUAGAGGUUUGGAGCUUAUCAGCAAAGCUAUUGAAAUUGAUAAUAAAUGUGAUUUUGCCUAUGAAACCAUGGGAACUAUUGAAGUGCAAAGAGGUAACAUGGAGAAAGCCAUUGACAUGUUCAACAAAGCUAUUAACUUGGCCAAAUCAGAAAUGGAGAUGGCUCAUCUGUAUUCACUUUGCGAUGCUGCCCAUGCCCAGACAGAAGUUGCAAAGAAAUAUGGAUUAAAACCACCAACAUUAUAAAACAAGGGGAAUGGAGACUGAUGUUCUUUUUAAAAGUUUACCCCCUUCUUCAACUGAACCCUAAGGACACUCAUGAACUGUGUUGAAUGGUGGAACUUAGUAUUCCCCUUUGUGGUGUUGUCAUUCUUUACAUGUUUCAUGUUUAAAUGUUGUGGGCGUGGCUGUUGAAGGAAGUUCACAGUCUUGCAGCUUUUAUUCCCUGUGCAACAGAAGCUUAGAACCUGUUAAAGGGAUAUUAAAACAACAUUGCAGAGUACAAAAGAUAAUUUGGUCAUGCAAAUAAAAACUUUGAUUUGUUGA